AUGUCUUUCCUUCAUGGUGUUUUACAUAACAUUCAGCCUAAAUUAGGCCAGCAUAAAGACACUUUAGAUAGCGCACUUAACUCACUUAAAGUCACAAAUGAUAAUGGUAUUGCUAAAUACAGGGCGGCGAUAGCCGCGGUGGAGGGAUGUGUCAGGAGGUACAAUAAUGAAGUCGCCGCCUCAAAUUCUAAGGUUGCCGUCAAACGGUACGAGCAGAAGACUCUAGAUGUAGAAUUCUCAGAGACUGCAUUAAGUACGGCCGUGAAGGUGGAGCAAGCUGAGAAGUCUAUUAAUCUCAAGGUGCAAGAAUGUCAAGAGCACGCUAAAAAAUUCACUAAUGCACUUGACAUCACUAUAGAUAAAAAUGCACUUAACAACGCAAUUUCCGACCUAAAUGCUACAUUAAAAGAUAAGCUUGAGAGCGUGCGUAAGACGGUGGAGUAUGAGAGUGCGCGGUUGGGGAGGGUGAAGGGGCAAGAGCAUACCGAAAUGACGCAGGCGAUUAAGAAAAUUGAAGAAGUGAUGAGAGCUCUGAAAUCAGACGUUGAUUGUAAAAUUGACACACAGGUAAAACUGUUUGUGUCAAAGGUUAGGGAGCAAGUGGAGCCUAUAUUGGCGGAGCUUAAGAAAAUUAGUAAAAGUCUCCACGACUAUGUAGCUGAAUUGGGAAGAUGGAUUGACAGCGCAAAUUCCGCAGUUGACAAGGCGUUGGAGAUGGUGAAAAAGAUAUUAUAUGAAGUGAACGAGGAAGCUGUAACAAACAAUCCUGGUCGAAUGAAAGCGGCAAUAGAUCAGAUUGGUAUCAUGAUAAAUGAGCUUGUGACAGCUGGAAACACGGGUCUGGAUGAGGUUAGAAAAGAAGUUACUGAGGCGUUGAAGCAGGUUGUGUUGAUGAACGGGAAGAUUAUGGCGGAUUUGAAAGGUGUUAGAGACGGGAUUAUUCAGGGACUGUCGACGUAUUUUGAUACACUGAAGAGCGCAUUGGAGUCGGGAAUUAAGGAGGCUGGUAAGGACGCUUGGGAUUCUAAAAAGAAUGGUUUUACCGAACUUAAACAGAAAUUAGGUGACGAGUUGGGUCAUUUUGAAAAAGCGUUUGGCAGUGUGCCAGAGGAUGCCCAGAAAGCUGUUGCCUAUAGAAUACAUAAUGCUUUGCACUGGAUUAGUGAGGCGACCAAGAAGUUGAAUGGCGAAACUCCUGAUGCUAACAAAAUUCUCGAUCCCAUUCGAUCAGCCCUCAGCACCAAGAUUUCUGGGAUACUGGAUGAGCAGGUUGGGGAGGAGGAUGGAGGUGUAACUGUUACCCUUCCAAAAGGUCCAACACAGUUCCAGGGAUACAAAAGCUACGUUGACCAAACACAAAAAAAUCCGCCCGCCACGUCCGGCAACCCAGAACCCAUAGACGGUCUUCUUCCCAAGGCCAUCAAGAACAUCAGGACACAAGUGCAGAAUGCGCUGGAUGAUGUUGGCAAUAUUAAUAUUCACGUUGAAGAAAGGUUGAGAGAGGUUAAGGACAAUCUUAGUCUCUUAUGUCGUGCCGUUAAGAAUGCAGCCGAAACCGAUCCUAACAGUGCGCUGAAAAAGUUGAACGAGUUAAAGAACAAAUACUUUACACAACCUGGUAAGGAUGCGAACAGCAUUCAUAAAAUACACAGCAAUAUCACCAAUCUCCGAAACGAACUGGCUGAAAAGCCUAUUCAGAAGACCAACGAUCUGCUUGCGUACUUGACAAAAGCCCAAAAUCACUACAUCAAACAACUGCAGGAAGACGUCAGGAAGGACAUAAAACAAGCCACCGACAAACUCACCACCCACGCGCGCAGGCAGUACGCCGAGGCCCUCAAGUUCGCGCUCCGGCAGUUCGCCGCCAAGGUGACGGGGGAGCUCAGAGAGUUGCCGGGGGAGAUUGACAACGACAAACACAUCGGCCUGAAAGGGUUCAUGGAGGCCUUUUAUGGCCCUAACUCCGGCGACAAUAUUAACAAGCUUAAAGAUGGCAUCGAUCUCCGGACUGUCUGCCAUGGCCUCGAAAAAUUCCUCGGCCCCUCAACACAUAUAUCAGCAGGGAAAUAG